GUUGGUAGCUAAAUUAUUAUGUUUUUAUUAUGUCAGGUCUUGCUGUGAAACCAGGGGUUUUGAAUCAAAUUCAAUCUUGUCUUGUAGAUGUAAUGACGAAGAUGGCGACAAAGUUGGGACUUAGUCCCAGUUUAGCCCUUAAUCAGGCUGCGUUUCCACCAUCGCAAAAUGCUGUAAGUACAGUCAAUACAAACCAAAGUUUUGCUGGAAGCAUGAUGCAGUUGGCAACUAAAUCAACUGAUCAAGCAUCUCAAGGUCUGGCAGGAUCCCUGCCUGUGCAAAUUGGUUCAGAUUUUGAAAAUACUCCAUUAAGAAGCACUGCAGUUGACUCUGCAUUUGGCAGCCGAACUGAGAAGGUUAUUAGCAACUUUCUGCAGAAUCCCCUAUUGAAGGGGGAAGGAGAAGGACUUGAUGAAGCAAUUGGACGUCUGCAGUCAGAAAGGAUAAUACUUCAAAUGGUUUUGAAACACCAGAAAAUCAUUGACGAACUUGUGGAAGAAAAUGAGAGACUGAGGCGUAUACUAAUAGAGGACCUGAAAGUACCAUCUAGCAAACUUGAAGCAAGUUCUUCAGGUAGAAAUAGAAAUACGGUGCCGUGUAGUGAAUGCUUUGAGUGCCGAAGAAAACAAAGAAAAAAGUAGGUUAGUAAUCAUAAUAGUAAAAUCAUAAAUUCUUGCAAGUGCCUCCCCUGCAUUUUUGGGUUUUCUUGGGUUUCUUGGGUUACGAAUUUUUGGAGAUCUCAAUUUAACGAGUUAGGAUGGAAUGGAACUUACAAAAUUAAAUCCUUAUUAUUAUUUAAAUAUUUAAU